CCGCCCUUGCCUUCACUCCAGCUUUACCUUUCUCUCUCUCCCUCUCUCACCCCGUUUCGUGUAGCUUCGGCCUCUCUCUUUCCUCUAUAAACCCUGGAGUUCGGUCUCUCUUCCUCUCUCUAGACUCCGUCAGGAUGGAGUAGACAAAGCAAUUCUCUGCUUUGGUUUUCAAAUAUAUAUCAGAAUGGGAGUCAAUAUUUUUUAAAUAUAUCAUACAUUGAAGGAUUUGGGAAUAUAAUUAUUCUCCAUGGGGGGAGCUUGCUCAAGGAAGAGAGACCACCUGGUGGAUGAGGGUGAUUCUCGAAGAGGAGCCACAGGAAGGUACUCAAAAAGUGGUAGUUCUAAGUGGUUGUUAUUGUCACUUCCUCGAUGUGCCUCUGAUGUUACUCUGAAGGGACAAGGAAAGUGCCCAUCCCUUAUUGAACUUUGUGUAGCUAGAAUCCGGGAGGAUAUAAAGAACUAUAGUAGCUUCUCUAUGCUACCAAAGGACAUAAGCCAACAAAUAUUUAAUGAAUUGGUGGAAUCUCAUUGUCUUAGUGAAUCGUCUCUUGAUGCCUUUCGGGACUGUGCUCUUGAGGAUUUCUAUUUGGGAGAAUAUCCAGGUGUAAAGGAUAGUUGGAUGGAUGUUAUUACUUCUCAAGGGAAAUCUUUGUUGUCACUUGAUAUUUCUUGUUCGGAUGUUACGGAUUCUGGGUUGGUUCUUCUCAAAGGCUGUUCUAAUCUGCAGAGUUUGAAAUUUGAUUACUGUGAUCAGAUUUCAGAAGAUGGUCUGGGGAACAUCUGUGGUCUUUCAAAUUUGACCUCCUUGAGUUUUAAGAAAAGUACUGCAAUCAGUGCAGAAGGUAUGAAAGCAUUUGCAAGCUUAGUUAACUUGGUAAAUUUGGACCUUGAGAGAUGCUUAGGCAUCCAUGGUGGUCUGAUUCAUUUGAAAGAUUUAAGCAAACUUGAGACUCUUAAUAUAAGAUACUGCAAUUCCGUAAGAGAUGCAGACCUAAAACCUCUGUCAGGGCUUACAAACUUGAAAGAGUUGCAAAUGUCUUGUUGUAGAGUUACAGAUGCCGGUAUUGCUCAUCUUAAUGGUUUAUCUAAGCUUGCUCUGCUGAACUUGGAAGGAUGCCCAGUCACUGCUGCUUGUUUGGAAUAUAUUUCAGCAGGGUUUGCUUCAUUACUAUAUUUGAAUCUUAGUAGAUGUUGUAUAUCGGAUGAUGGCUGCGAGAGGUUUUCUGGUCUAGGAAAGUUAAAAAUUCUAAACCUGGGGUUCAAUCCCAUCACGGACAAAUGUUUGGCGCAUCUGAAGGAUCUAAUUAAUCUGGAGAGCUUAAACUUGGAUUCUUGCAAGAUUGGUGAUGGAGGUUUAUUAAACUUGAAAGGCCUUCUUCAUUUGAAAAGCUUAGAGUUGUCAGACACGGAAGUCGGAAAUAGUGGGCUUCGUCAUCUUUCUGGUUUGUGCAACUUGGAGAAUAUCAAUCUCUCUUUUACUUCAGUGAGCGACGGUGGUUUGAGAAAGUUGUCAGGACUGACAUCCCUUAGAUCACUUAAUCUGGAUAACCGACUAAUCACAGAUGCAGGCCUAUCAUCACUUUCAACUCUUACUGGGUUAACUCAUCUUGAUCUUUUUGGAGCUCGUAUAACAGACUCCGGAACAAACUGCUUUCGAAGUUUUAGAAAUCUGCGAUCACUUGAGAUAUGUGGUGGAUCGAUUACUGACAAUGGUGUGAAGAACAUAAAAGAUCUCAAGUCAUUGACCCUCUUAAAUCUGUCUCAAAAUGGCGACCUCACUGAUAAGACACUGGAGCUGAUUUCUGGAUUGACUGCAUUGGUUUCUCUGAAUGUUUCAAAUUCUCGUAUAACCAAUGCUGGACUUAAGCAUCUAAAACCAUUGAAGAACCUGAGAUCACUAUCUCUGGAAUCUUGCAAGGUCACUGCUGUUGAGAUCAAGAAGCUUCAGCUGGCUGCUCUUCCUAAUCUGGUUAAUUUUAGACCCGAGUAACUGAAGAGGAAUCUGUAAAUAUGGAAACUAAAAUAAAUCUGAAGUGUACAGACGUGGUGGUGUGUGUUUUAAGCGUUGAAAACCUUAUUGCGGGGAAGCAAAUCUCUUGCAGCAUAAGAAGUGAUGCUAGAAGGAAGUGUAGAUAUGCUUCCUCUGCGUGUGUGCAGCUGCUCAUUAUGUCUCAAUCCUGUAUAUAUUGUAAAUAUAGCGUAUUGGAAACUACCUAUGGGGGAUUUAAAUACACGUGAAGACCUUUUAAGACGUAUCUGAUGUUCUUGAUUCUGAUGGUUA